GCUAUAAACAUCACCCACCAUAAUAUUCUCGUUACAAAUGUUGCAUUAUUAAUACGUAGAGUACAUACUAGCUGUAGGAUGGCGUUAAACUUAGGAACUCUCAUCAUACAUAACGAUCUACCGCUUCAACCGAUAAUGAAACGAGAAAAAGAGAAGCUUAGUUUCCUUACAGACACCAGGAUGGAUGUUUCAAAGUAUUCAGCGUAUAUAGAUUAUGAAUGGGCUAUUGGAUUAAAUCGGACUGGCUUGGCACUGUUAGGCAUUUGGCCAAAAAACAACGAAACUAAACAGAAAAAAUUAAUAUCAAACAUUUGUACAAUUCUUAUAUUAAACACUGCAAUUUGUGGCUGCUACAUUCCGAGUAUACAUUCUUUGUUCAAAGUUUGGGGUGAUAUAAUGUCUAUAAUUGAUAAUCUACAAUAUACUUUACCGAUGUCGGUAGCAAUAAUAAAAUUAUCCAUUAUGUGGCUGAGAAAGAAAGAUGUUCUACCCCUUUUAAACAUGAUUAAAGAUGAUUGGUUAAAACCAAAAAUGAUAAAAGAGAGAGAUGUUAUGAUAAAACGAGCGCGAAUAGCACGUAUAUUUACGAUAUUCGGAUAUUUCGUGAUAUUUAUUACCAUCGUUGACGAAAUAUUUACAUUAAUGCUACUUGGUACGCUGUUUUACUUUGGCAUAUUAUUUGCAUUUUACGGUUUUUUAUUGGGUACUAUGGUGACUCAGGGUCGCGAUUUGUCGGUACCACGUUUAACUUUCAUUAUGACGGUAUUUGUCAAUACGUUCGGACACACAUGUCUCUAUUGCGCGGUAGGAGAAAUUUUGGUUGCACAAUGCGAAGGAGUUUAUGAAGCUGCAUGCAAGUACAAGUGGUAUAACUUGAAGCCAAAGGAAGCAAAGAACUUAAUGAUGAUAAUGAUUCGAGCCAACAAAUCAAUGUAUCUUACCGCAGGAAAGCUGUUCCCUAUGACGAUGUCUACAUUUUGUAACUUGUUAAAGACAUCGGGUGGUUAUAUAUCGGUUUUACUAGCACAUCAAGAAUAAAAAUAAAAAUCUGCAAAAGUCGGAUAAAAAUCUAAUUUUAUAAAAUUUAUAAC